GUCCAUGAAAAUCGUAGUAGAUAUAGAUUGACUAUUAAUGAUGUACAUUUUCUGCAGCAUGAGCGCCGAGCAACAACAGAGAAGCGAUGUUCAGUUAGUGGAGUUGACCAAAGUCAGGCUCCAGAAUCUGGCGAGGAAGCAGAGGCUGGAGGAUCUGGCGCUGCAGUUCGUUGCCGCAAAUUUCCAACUUUAUAAUGCUUUCAACCUACCUUCCCCAAUUCGCGAGAAAAUAUUGCAAAGGAUUUUGCAGUGGAGGUGUUUUGCCCGAAAUGGAAAUUUGGAGCAGUUUGAGAAGAUGAUGCUGGCGCUGGCACACCUGGUCGGCCAGUGGACUGUCUCUGUUGACUUUACGAACAUGUUCACCUUUUGCCCGUUUUACGAAAUCCAGAGCUCGUUUAUCCAGGUCUGCGAGUUGUUGGCUCGAGUCGCGCCAAACAUCGAAGAGCUGUCGAUGAAGAGUUCCCCCAUGCUCAACAUUCAGGACCUGCUGCAGCCUCUGACAAAAAUGCAGAAGCUGAAGAUAUUGCGGCUUGGAUGUUGCCACAUUGACCUUGACGGAUUAAUUGAGCUGUGCAUGGCUUUGCCGAACCUUCGGGUUUUAGGCGUCAAAACCCUCGAUAUCGACAUGGAAGAUUCUGGCUGUGGAAACGACCUUUCAAGAGCCCUGCAGCACCUGAGAGUGCUUGAAGACGAAAAUGGGUAUAUUCGUCUCCUGUCGUUUUUUGCAAGGGUUGUCCCUCAUCUGGAAUACAUUUACGCCUCACAGCGGGAUGAGGACACAACUGUUCGUCUGCAAGAGGAGGAAGACAAAACGCCGAAUCAGCGAAGAAAAUUCCUAUGUUUGUAUUAUGAUGGACAGUUCGUUGAUGGCAAGGAGGAGCUCCACCUCAAGCACCCAUUCAUCACUCGCUUGCUGGUGGACGGCUACCUCAUAAAUUUUGGAGUGGAAACUCUCGAUAAAUUUUCAAACUUGAAGACCUUGGUUCUGAAAAGUUGCAAACUGACUGACUUGGAUAGUUUGAUGAGAGUUUACGGACAGAACCUGCACACGCUCCACAUCAUGGACAAUUCCAUGAGGUCACUGGAAGGAUUAACGUUCGGAUGCAUUUUGGAAUGCUGUUCGCGACUGGAAAAACUUCGCUUGAAGAACGUCAUCAUUUCAGAUGAAGGCGCGAAUGCCUUCCCACAACUGCGUGAUUUCACCUGGGAAAAUGGUGGGAAUAGCUCUGUUGUCAUGCUGCUGUCGAGCCUCUUGUCUUCGCCCAAACUGGAGAAAAUAAAGCUGGAAGGAAAGUUUGAAGUGGAGGACUUGAGGGGCGUAGCCACCCUGAUCGAGCAGAAGAAGAUCUUAAGGCAGUUGCAGUCCUUUCACUUGCGCCUGGCAUACACCUACACCGGGGAUUCACUCUUCAAUAUGGCCCACUUCAGGGCUGCCGCAGGCCUGGCCAAGACUGCCUCUGCGUUCCUUCCUUUGCUGAUUGACCUCCAUCUUUCCAUGAUUGACAAUAGCUUCUUUAUUAACUUCUUCAACGAACUUUCUGGCCAGGUUGUGAACGAGAAAUAUGAAGAUGAGGCUUUGAACAAGAUGAUCAAGGAGCACGAGAAAUUCGGAGGUGCUGGUUUCAAACCAUGAAUCUGCUUUAUUUUGAUUAUAUUAAGUCUGUGAACCGAUUUAACUUUGUGAUGUGGAACUGAAUUUUUUGGCAGGAAUGAACAACAAUAACAAGAAAAUAAUGAAAUUUAUCAAUCUUUAAAAUAAUGAUUUCUGCUAUCGUUAUAAAGAAAUUCACUAAUCCGCACCAUGAUGCAUCCAAUAGAGUGGCACAAGUAGCAGAGGCCUUGGGAAUUGCAAAAAUUAUCUCUUCAAUAUCAAAUGAGGGUGGAAGAACUGUUCCUCAAUAAAAUAUCCGAAAGAAAUAAUUUUUACUUUUUGUUAAAAACUGAUGAUUCCACACACAACUUUGAACUAAGAAAUUUUCAGUGAUAAAAUGGAGGAUCUUAUGAAAUUAAAGUCCUUUGCAACUGCUAGAAACACAUUAAAUUUAGGUUGAAUUUAAAAGAGAAACUGCGCACGUGAAUCUUAAAUUUUAUUGUUGAAAAUCAGCUAGACGAAAGAAAGACCCGAAAAACCUUCAUUUAUUUCCUUCCUUCGAAAGCGAAUUUUUCGCGGUUCGAGCAGUUAGGAAAUUCUAAACGCGAACUAUUUCCUCGCAGUGGAUCAGUGGAGGACCAUUUACGUUCUGACAAUUGGUCAAAAAUGACAUAAUGCCACCUCCGUGUCCAAUCACAUCAUCCACGAUCCGAUCCUCUGCCGCACGAAAUUCGACCGUGCAUGAUUAUAACUCGUCAUGCAGGAAAAGAAAUUGUUUUAAAAAAAUCAUCCAGUCUAAUAUUAUAAUAAAUGAUGAAGCCUCUUUGCAGUAUGCAGCAUAUUUUAAUUAUGAUAUCUUUCAACUGACAUUAAAGCAGAGAGCUUUCGCAGGCCUGGCCAAGACUAUAUCUCUGCGUUCCUUCCUCUCCUGAUUGACGUCCAUCUUUCCAUGAAUCCCCCUGACCAGCUUGUGAGCGAGAUCAUUGAAAACGAGGCUAUGAAGAAGAUGAUCGAGGAGUACCAGGAAUUCAGAAGUGUUGGUUUCAAACCAUGAAUUUGGUUUAUUUUUAUAUUUAG